AUGGAGCACCCCUCCAUAAAAACAAUCAAGUGCACUGGUACUCCUUACGAAAUUGGGUUUACACAUGGCUCCACUGCUGUGGAAGAAGUACUUUCCAAUAUCAAAACCUACACAAGCUUUUUCCAAGAAACAGCGCAGCUUACAUGGAAGCAAGCGCGAAAUCGUGCUUCUGAACAAUUCAUCCCUGUUUUGAAAACGAAAUAUCCGUCCAUUUUGGAGGAGAUGCGUGGGAUUGCGGAGGGGAGCGGCCAUGGCUUGCUUUUGGAAGACAUUCUUGCGCUCAAUGUUCGCAGUGAGAUUGCUUUGACGAAUUACGCGGAUGGAUGCACCACUUUAGCGCAAGCUGGUCCUGAAGGGAAAAUUUUCCUAGCACAAAAUUGGGACUGGAUUGAGCAACUGCGUGACGGAAUGGUUAUUCUACAUAUACAGCCACCAACCGGACAAGGAUAUGAGACCAAGAUUCUUUCUGAAGCUGGGAUUGUGGGCAAGGUCGGGAUGAACAGAGCUGGAGUAGGCUUGUGCUUAAAUGCUUUACGAUCUGGUGCACUAGACAUUUCCGGCCUGCCAAUUCAUUGCAUGUCAAGACGAAUUUUACAAUACGCAGGUAGCGUGGAUGAGGCUCUUUCAAUGAUUGCAGAGUUCUCAAUUGCCUCGACUGGCAACUAUGUGGUCGCAGAUCGUACAGGCGACUUUCUUGAUAUUGAAUACUCCCCGCAUGGGAACGUAAUCAUGCGAGCUUCAGCAGAAGCAAAUUACGGUUAUGUCGCGCACACCAAUCACCUUUGCGGACCGGACCGGCCUGCGCAGCUGAAGGAUCACCCGGCAGCGAAUUCAUUCUCAAGAUUAAAAAGAUUUAGAGAACUGACCGACGCUGACAACCGAGACAAUCGAGAACCUUCAUUCCAGAGUAUUCGAAAGAGACUAUCUGACGAGGAAGGAUUUCCAUACUCGAUAUGUAGAGAAAGACCUUCGGGAGCCGUUGGCAUGGAGAGAAUGACAACUUUGUGUACUAUUAUCAUGGAGAUGAAGAGCUUGACAGGCGUACUGACCAUUGGGCGACCUUGCAAAGAUUUGAUACCAAUAAAAUGGUCGUUCUGA